AUGCCCCGCCUCUGCGCUCACGGGGGCAUGUACGCCAUUCUGUCGAUCGGGAGGCAGUUCAGAAUCUUCUCCAUUCUGAUACUCACAGCGGUGUUCCUCGGCUACCCGCGUGUCUUCCGGGGGCGUAUAAGUAGACUGUCGAUCAGUGGUCAUACUCCAUUCACUACGUCUCCCACCUCGUCGCCUCGCCACCUGAGAUCGAAGACGGGGCGGCUUCGGUGGAAGACUGUUCUGGACGCCCUCUCCCGUCAGGGAGAGGCCCAGAGCGUAACCCUGUCCCCUCCAUCGCCUGAUGUAGCACAGAACCUGGCAAGCCAUGGCCGCUUUCGCCGCUUCGCUCGUAAGGCGCUCAAGCCACUGCGUCCCGGCGCCCCCACGCGCACCCUUGCUGCAAACACGCUGCGAAUCAGCCUGGAGACCUUGAAGGAGGCGUCUCCUGCGUUUCCGCCCCUACAAGGCGCCGUCGGCGGACUUCUAAAGCUGAUGAGCCACUACGAGACCAUGGCACAGAACACGCUGGACCGACAGAAGCUCUAUGAUCGUAUCGGCGUGGUAAAAGGGAGCUUGGAAGCUGCCUGCAAUAUCUUGCAGAACUGCGCCGAAGACGCUGACGAGCGACGUCAAGUGCCAUUGACUGCGAGCCUGAAGGCUCUUGCCGAGUCUAUACAGGCUAUAAUCGAUGUGCUUCCUCCGGCUCAUCGCCAAGGGCGACUGAAGCGCUUCCUUCUGGCGCGCGAUCAUAGGUCUCAGAUAAUGGAUCUACUUGCGCGUCUGUCUGAGGUAGACGAUGACUUUCGCAGAUCGUUGGAGAUUGAUACCAAUGGUCAUGUCCAGUCCGUGACUCUUCGGACCGACAGUCACGUCAACGAGGUUCACUCCCUUGGACUUGAGGUUAGCCGCCGUAUCGAUCUCAUCGGGUCUCUCGCUCUCGAUAUCAACCAUCGUGUUGGCGAACUCGAGCUCACCCUUACCCGCCUUACGGUCAACGCCAAUCGUCGCGCCUCUCUCAAGCCUGGUGCAGCGAUCCGCUUCUCUGCUCUUACUCUUCCCAGUCUCAACGGUUUAUUUGCGGUGGCCCGCUCGUGA